AUGCAACACGUGCUCCCGCACACCGCGAGCGCACUAGUGGGCCGCGCGGCCCACAUCGCGGCUCUGGACUCCGACCUCUUCAUAGAGAAGUUCCUCCUCGUCUCCGCCCUGAAAGUGGAUAAGAAUAAUAUAAUUANCGCCAUCUACUCAGACUUUCCCCCUGUAGAGAACUCUUUACCUUACUUCCAUAUCAGCGACGAAUAUAGAAUGUUCAACACCGAAGGAAACUUGGUUUCAGGGCUGCAUCUUAUCAUUUGCGUACAUGGCUUAGAUGGCAACGCAGCUGAUCUCAGAUUAGUCAAGACUUAUCUAGAAUUGGGUCUGCCUGGAGCAAGAUUAGACUUUCUAAUGUCAGAGAGGAAUCAAGGAGAUACGUUUUCAGAUUUCGAUACUAUGACUGAUAGGUUGGUCCAAGAAAUUCUUACCCACAUACAGAAUUCUAGUGAACCAGCUAGAAUCAGUUUCGUGGGCCACUCCCUGGGCACGAUCAUUAUCAGAUCAGCUCUGGCCAGGCAGCAGAUGAAGCCGUUCCUGGGGAAACUGCACACAUUCCUGUCGCUUAGCGGACCUCAUCUAGGCACGUUAUACAACUCUAGUGGCUUGGUGAAUGCAGGAAUGUGGUUCAUGCAAAAGUGGAAGAAAUCGGGAUCCCUCCUUCAGCUUUCCCUCCGCGAUGCGUCAGACCCUCGGCGCUCGUUCCUGUACCGGCUCAGCGAGCGAAGUCAGCUGCACCAGUUCAAGCAUAUCCUGCUGUGCGGUUCUGGUCAAGACAGAUACGUGCCGCUACACUCUGCCAGGCUGGAGCUGUGCAAGGCUGCUGCUAAGGAUACCUCGCUGUUAGGCCAGGCUUAUAGAGAAAUGGUACACAACAUGGUCUCCCCGCUGGCUGCGCGAGCAUCAACAGUAUCAGUGGUGCGGUAUGACGUGCAACACGCGCUCCCGCACACCGCGAGCGCACUUGUGGGCCGCGCGGCCCACAUCGCGGCUCUGGACUCCGACCUCUUCAUAGAGAAAUUCCUCCUUGUCUCCGCCCUGAAAUACUUCCGAUGAACGCUAGUCUUUUGUUUGCUUCUUCAAAGCUAUUGAACGUGUUUCAUUUGUUGGUAUGGAGCAACUAUGGUUGUCAAUCUGUGGUAUGUACAGUAUUUGCUGGAUGCUAUCUAGGAUCUUGACGAAUCAUCACGUAGGAUAUGACGUGCAACACGCGCUCCCGCACACCGCGAGCGCACUGGUGGGCCGCGCGGCCCACAUCGCGGCUUUGGACUCCGACCUCUUCAUAGAGAAAUUCCUCCUUGUCUCCGCCCUGAAAUACUUCCGAUAAACGCUAGUCUUUUGUUUUCUUUUCAUUUGUUAUGGAAGCAGUUAAGCGUAUUGCAUUUGGUGUAGUAUUUGCUGGACGGAUCUAGGAAGUUGGCUAACCAUCGCGUAAGAUCAAUUUUAAAAGCCAUUUUAAAUUGCAACAUCCAAUCAACUAUUUUUUGUUUAAACACAUUAUUUUAUUUCAAUAUCAUAACCACUAUAAUCUCACCGUGUCUGUCACUCAUUUUCUGAGUGAAAUAUGGAAAGAAGUUUAAAUCUAGCCACACGGAUGUUGACUGUCAAUAAUAUAAUGCUAAUGACAUGGCCUGAUACCAAUAAUGCAUGCAUUUAUUUACAAAAGAGCUGAAAGAAGAAUCAUCGUAUACCUACUUAUUUAGCUCUACCAAAAUAAGCAUUUCUGAAUUUAUCCCAGUAUAUUCAGAGUCAGUACGGCUAGCACGAAAAAUUACAGCCCGCACCUACUUUUUAUUACCUUGAUAUUUAUAAUUAAAAUUAUACCUACUUAUCUACUUAAAAUAUGAAAUCAUACUAUUUAGUUGCGCUCGAAAUCAUAACUCCUUAUUGUAACAUGAGACCCCAUUUACCAAAAAUGACUAAUUUACAUAACCUACAAUGCCUGAGAGUUGGUAAGAAUAAUACCUAUAAUUAAAAUAAGCAUUUAUAAAAUUAACGUUACACAGGAAAAUAAAAUCUGCCGCAAGAGAUUGGUAGGUGCAACAUUUAAGUUUUUUAUUUAUUGCUAUAAACCACAAUAUGAUAGCAAUGAUAGCAAUUUUUUACAACAUGCUUUUUGGUUGUAAAUUCCUAUUUAAGUUAAUCGCAUUUUCAGUUAGGUACCUACUUUCAGCAUUUAUAUAUUUUAUGAACACAUUUUUACCGGCCCUUUUUACGUUCUCCCCUUUUUUACCAUUUUUUAUAAUCUCCCCCGUCUAUUUUAUUAUAUUUAUUUAUUUAUAUUAUAAUAAUUUUAAUAAACAGUUCCGUUGUAGAAUUUAAAGGGCGACGAGAAAAAACAAUUGAAAACUAGAGUCAUAGAACUUUCUUUGACUUUUUUCAUGGCAUUUUUACGACACUUUUUGAGUACUUUUCAGGGUAGAUUAUGUAAAGUUGACUAUUUAAGCUUAUAAAGUUACUCUACGGCUAUAAAACUAU